AUGACACGAGGAACACGAACACGGAACUUGUCCAGGACCUCCUGUACUCGCUCUACCACACGAGCAGUGGCGCGUGUGGCACAUCUUAAUGAUAGGCUCGUGGCAGCGUAUUCUGAUUCGGUCUUGCAAGAAGCGGAAACCCAGCUGACAGAUUUGACCUCAGGCAAUGGCGAAGAGACCUCAGCAGACACAUCCUCACAAGGCUCUCAUUCCAAAGCCAAUGCCAAAGCCAAAGCCAGAGCAGGCAACGGCAACAAUAGUGAGCAGAGGGCCAAUGUCGCUGAACAGGCUGAAGACGGAUUCGAUGCGGGUACAGACGCGCAAGGAGAUACCGACGCAGACGAAGAUGAAGCCGAGCUGACCGAGACGAGCCCGUACUCACCCUUCUGUGACUUGAUCAAGGACCUUUAUCAACGUUUUGGCCAUGAUCAGGAAAAAAUGAAGCUUCUCGCAAAGCCUAUUUCGUCGCCGCUUGUCCAAGAACUUCAUGCUCAUGCGCGACAUUUGCUAGAGACUUGGCGUGAGGAUGACCUUAUUAAUCAAAAACAAUUGUUUGUCGCAUUAUCAUGCAUCAUCAACACCAUCGAUGGGGACAACGCAGCAUUCCACAACGAGUUUGCCGACCACAAGAAGUCAUGCGUCGUGGAAGGCUUCAUGACGCCGACCCAACGCCAGCUGGACUUUGUUGAGCGGAUGAUGCAAGAGACAAAUUUCCUCCACACGCUGGAUCUCGACACCUUAGACAUUUUUUCAUUGCGCCAUGCCUGUGACCUGCGAGUUUCGUUCAAACAAGAGUCACCUUUUUUCCAGGUGCCGAACACCGAGGCGAUGAAGGAGGAGUUGACCAUUUGCUCGCUCGUCCACAUUCUGAAGCUGGUCGAGCUGUUCUGCUGGGAGGCAAAGACAGCAGACGCGGGAUCGAUCCAACUCCAGGUCCAAAGGUGCAAGAACUUGCGCCUCAACGCCUGCUUCAUCGGCACCACGCACUCAAUGGCAGGCCUGGACCGCAGGCGACCCGUCUACCCCCUCCCAUCCCCGUUACUCCUGGACAUUGCAGGGCGAACCGCCCUGCCCUACAAGAUCCACAAGAUCAACCCUGAUGUCUUUGUGGCGGGGGCUGUGACGGAGAAAAAAGGCCUGAUCUGCCUGCCCCGUACGAAGGAAGACAUGGUCGACUUCCUGAGGGAGGGCAUGCGCAAGGUGAAGAAGGAGGAGGCCAAGAACAGGAUGCUGGGAUACGAUUCCCUGGACGAGGGGCGAAACCCGGUCAUCAACACUCCCAUUAAGCGCUACAAGGUUGCCACCCCACGCAUGCCCACUCUGAAGAGACCUCGGCAGAAGUCGCCGUCCAAGGCCAAGUAG